UACGUUUUGACAACAUGAUUAAGUGCCUGUCAGCAUUUGAUUGGUCUCUUUUGUGUUUCAGGUGUUUGUUGAGGUGUGACUUCAGAUAUGACCACUCUCAACCUUUAACAUGUGCACUGCCAUCAAACGCAGUCUGCAACUGUUAAACAGGGUCUUCUGCCUACUGGAUUUGUAUUCAUCUUCAAAUUCUGUGUUUAACAAUGAAAGGGUUGGGCUGCUGUCUUGUGGGUUUAAUGCUGAGUGUGCUCUGCUCUGCUUCACCAGCCGGAAGAGAGUUUGCCACAUCCUUCAUGCAAAAUCUUGGGGGAGUUGGUAGGGACACUCAUUUCUUGGUCAAGGUUACAGCUUUGCCCACUUUGAAAAGUGGCACCAAGGUCAAGGUGACAGCUAUGGGUGAGGUCUAUGGAAAGGAAAUUAAUCCUGGUAAGAGUAUAACGUUCAAGCUACCCGACAAAGUAGGGAUGAAAGGCAGCAUUAAGUCCGGUCAGACUGUGCUGAUUGAGGCUAGUCAAGAUGUCACUGUGAUGUCUCUUAACUUUAAUAAAUACACAGCAGACACCUCUGUGGUUUACCCAGUGAAAGACUGGGGGACUGAGUAUGUCAUAUUCACUCCAUCCGGCUCUCAAAGAGACACCUUCAAAGAAUUUUCUGUCACCAACCACAAGGAGCCAAACUCUGCUGAGUUUUUCCUGCAGGGCUCUGUCAGGUUCCAAGGGAAAUAUUACAGAAGAGGAAGCAAGAUGACCAUAAAGCUAGAGCCUUUUCAGACUGUUCAAAUACAGAGUCAGGACAACUUGAGGGGUACUACAGUAAUCUCACUCCUCCCUGUUGCCGUCUCCUCGGGACAUAGCUGUGUUCAGAAGUACACCUCCUGCAAACAUGUCUACGAACAACUUCUUCCUGUAAGCAGCUGGGGAAAAGAAUUCAUUAUUGCACCACUGUCAUAUCAUAAACUCUUUCCCUUUUUACGUGACAGUGUUUUUGUCCAAGCAUCCCAGCCUACCAACAUUAACAUUAGUGUUGAUGGAAAAGUUCAGAGUUACCCUAUGUUUGCCGGACAAACUAUGGAACUCUACUCUCAGUGGCCACAUGCUAUGUAUUUGACAUCUGACAAGGGUAUCCAGGUCUUAUUCGAAUUCAGCGGCAAUCCUAAUGAUGCGCUAGAGUAUUUUGAUCCCUUCCUGAUGACUAUACUGCCCUCAGAUCAUUUCAGCACUUCCUACUCCCUAGAAGGAAAGGGUGGUUUCUACAACCAUAUCACAGUUGUGGCUCGGAACAAAGACCUGGAUGGCAUCAAAAUUGACCCCAAGCCACAGUCCACUGAUUUCAAAUGGCAAAAAGUAGAUGGGACUGAUUUCUCCUGGACUGAGAUAUACUAUAGCACUGGGGCAAACAGCUAUCAGAUCUCUCACCCCGUUUCUCCAUUUGGAGUCCACAGUUUUGGUGUGGCUUAUGCUAAUGGCUAUGGAUCCCCUGCAGUUACUGACCCAGCAGAGAAAGAUGAUUGCAGCAGUGUAAAAUGUUCAGAAGAUGAAGUGUGCCAGAUGAAAGAAAACUCCCCUACAUGUGUCAAUAAACCACCAGUAGUGAAAGUAGCUACCUGCUGGGCAAUGGACAAUCCUCACAUCCACACUUUUGAUGGCAGCAACUACAACUUCAUGGGCAACUGCACCUACACAAUGGUCAAGAACUGCCAUGUUGAUGGAGACCACCCAGCUUUUGAGGUUGAUGCUAAGAAAGACAAACAUACCGGGUCAAAGGUCACCUAUAUCAGCAAGGUGAUAAUUAAGGCCCAUGGAUAUACUAUGACCAUUGUACGAUCAGAAUUUGGCCUUGUAAGGAUGAACUACACAUUGUGGAAUCUCCCCAUCAACUUGGGCAAUGGCAAGGUGAAGCUAUCUCAGAGUGGCCUGUCCGUCAUUGUUGAGACCGAUUUUGGUGUGACCGUGCAGUAUGACUGGAAGGAGUAUAUUGUCAUCAUAGUGCCAGGCAGUUUUUCUGGCAAGGUGUGUGGACUGUGUGGCAAUUUCAACAGCAAAAAAGAGGAUGACUUUAUGACUCCAAAUGGCUCACAAGCCAGCACCGUUGAAGCUGUGGGCAAGAGCUGGAAGGUUCCAAAUAUGUCAGAUGAUGCCCAAUGUCAAGACGAAUGCUUGGGCAAGUGUGAGACCUGCAAUAAUGAUAGCUUUUUUGACAGCCUGACUGACAGGAUGUUCUGUGGUUUGCUCACCCACAUCAUGGAUGGACCGCUCAGUGACUGUAAUGCUGUCAUCGACCCCAAAGUCUUUCAUGAGAUGUGUUUGUAUGAUGUGUGCGUGGGUGAGGGGAUGAAGAACUUCCUGUGUAACACCUUACAAGUGUAUGCUGAUGCCUGUCAAAGGGCUGGCAUCAGAAUUGAUGACUGGAGGCAUUUCGCUCAUUGCUCUCCACCCUCGUGCCCAGAAAACAGCCAUUACGAGUUCUGUGGGAAAGCCUGCCCUGCCACCUGUGAAAACCCAGAUGCUGCCACAAAAUGCGACAAAAGCUGUGUGGAGACCUGCAUCUGUGACGAUGGCUUCCUACUUAGUGGCACUGAGUGUAUCCCUAAGGCUCAGUGUGGCUGCUUGUACAAAGGCCACUACAUAGAGGCUGGGGCCUCUUUCUUUACUGAUGAGCUCUGUACUGAGAGGUGCACAUGCAACCAAAAUACCAAGAGAAUUGAUUGUGAAAAACCAGGUUGUCACCAAGGAUAUCAGUGCAAAAUGGUUGAUGGCCUAAUAGGCUGUCACCCAAUGGCCUACGCUGAGUGCAGCAUGAAUGGUGGCUCUCAUCUUGAGACAUUUGAUGGCUAUGAUUACAACUUCCAAGGCACAUGUGUAUAUCAGUUGGCAGGGGUCUACUCGAAUGAUCCUUCAAAGGAACAGUUUGAUGUUUUUGUGCAAAAUGAUGGCGGUGGCAAAAAAGUUGGCUCUGGUGCAAAGCAAGUGGAGGUCAAAAUUUAUGGAAAUUCCAUUGUUGUCACAAGACAGCACCAACACUCAGUCCUGAUAAAUGGAGAACUUACCAACUUACCUGUCAGUCUCAAAAGCAAUAAAGUCACAGUACACCAGAUUGGUGAGUUUGCUGAGAUUGAGACUGAUUUUGGGCUGCAAGUCUCCUACGACGGACAUUCAACAGUACAUGUCAAAGUCCCCAGUGCAUAUGCUGACGCCAUGUGUGGCCUGUGUGGCAAUUACAAUCACAACCCCAGAGAUGACCUACAGUUAAAGAAUGGCACACAGGCAGAGUCAGAAGAGGAACUAGGGAAAAGCUGGAGCGUUGCCAAGAUCCCAGGCUGCGUUGAUGGCUGCAAGAACAAGAGUGAAUGUCACAACUGUAACAUCACUCAGAAAGAGAAAUAUGAAACCGAUAGAUACUGCGGUUUAUUACUAAACCCCACUGGCCCUUUCCGUGAAUGCCAUGCCAUAAAAAGUCCUGAGGGCAUUUUUAAGAAUUGCAUGUAUGAAAUGUGCCUUUACAAUGGCAAGGAAGGCUCCUGGUGUACCAAUCUGCGCAGUUACACUAUAGAAUGCCAAAAGAGAGGAGUCAAUGUUUCCCAGUGGAGGACAGAAGAAUUCUGUCCAGUAUUCAGGAUGAAACAUCCUAACAACAGUCACUAUGAACACUGUGGCAAUGUUUGCGUUGCAACCUGUAACACUAUGUCCCCUCCAACUGGCUGCAAGAGACCCUGCCAGGAACGAUGGGUUUGCAAUGACGGUUUCGUACUCUUUAAAGAUGAGUGUGUGCGUCGUGAAGAGUGUGGUUGCAAAUACCAAAACAAACAUUAUAAGAGUGGACAGAGCUUUUUGUCUCUGGACUGUAAUCACAACUGCACCUGCAAUGGCAAUGGCACGGUGACCUGUGAGAAACACUCUUGUGGGCCAUUUGAGAAGUGUGCACUGGUCAAGAGUGUUCGAUCGUGUCAACCAGUGGGAAAUGGAACCUGUACAAUCUCAGGAGAUCCACAUUACAAAACAUUUGACAAUACCACCUAUGACUUCCAAGGCACAUGUACCUACAUCGUAGCAAAAUCUUGUCAUCUGGAAGACUCCCGACUUAAGACUUUCUCAGUUGUAGUGGAGAAUGAGAAGUGGACACGUACAGACCAACCUAAUCUGUCUGUAGCUAAACUUGUGGCUGUGGAGGUAUAUGGCUACACCCUGGUCCUCCAAAGAAACCAACUUAAAAUGGUCAUGGUGAAUGGCAAAUUGACAACCAUUCCACUAAACCUCAAUGAGGGACAAGUGGAAAUAUUCCAAGAGGGCUUUCACUAUGCUAUUACAACUGACUUUGGCCUCAAUGUGACUUACAAUAUGGUCUAUAAAGUCACAGUCACUGUUCCUGGAAACUACAAGGGCAAAACCUGUGGUCUGUGUGGCAAUUUUAAUGACACCAAAACAGACGAGUUCAUGCUACCUGAUGGAAAUAUGACCAAGGAUAUCAAGACCUUUGGAGCAGCAUGGAAAGUGGCUGUGCAGGACGUGACCUGUGAAGAUGGCUGCAGAGGCGACCAGUGCCCCAAAUGCAACAGCACAAAGAAGGAAAUCUUUGAGAAAGAUUGUGGAAUUAUCACAAAUCCAGAUGGUACUUUUGCUGCUUGCCAUAGCCGAAUAAGUCCCGAGUCUUACUACAGAGAUUGUGUCUAUGAUGUCUGCAUGUCUCAGGGACAACGUGAUGUUCUCUGCCACAGCAUCUCAGCAUACCUGUCUGACUGUCAGACUAUUGGGAUAAAGUUUGACAACUGGAGGAAGCCUGAUUUCUGCCCUAUUCAUUGUCCUGAAAACAGUCACUACGACAUUUGCUCUGAAACCUGUGCUUCUCCAUGUCCUGGUCUCACUGACACCAUCACCUGCCCCACUACUUGUGCUGAGGGCUGUGCCUGUAAUGGAGGUUACUUCUACAAUGGGACUGGCUGUGUUGCCUUGGAGGAUUGUAGUUGUUACCACAAUGGACGUACCUAUAAGAUUGGUGAGUCUGUGAUAUCUGGCAGCUGCCAGAAGCACUGCAACUGUACAACAUCUGGUGAGGUCCAGUGUGAGGACUUUUCAUGCAGUGCUGCAGAGAACUGCCAUCUACAGAAUGGUAUCCCCACCUGCCAUCCAAAACAGUGUAGUGUGAAGCCCGGAGGCUCCAUUACUCUUUUCAGUGGGUUGACUGGCACUGUCCUGGUCAUGGGUGCUUAUGAGAUCAUUUCGCACUGUAAUGACUCAGACGCUGAUUGGUUCAGGGUUGUGACCGAGCUCCAAAAAUGCACUCCGAGUGGUGUGAAGAGCGCCGUCGCUGUUUACGUCUACUUCAAUGACCUGACUGUCACUGUUACUGACAAACAGGAGACCUGGGUCAAUGGUAAAAAGGUGAUUCUACCCAGCCUGCCUAGAAACAAUAUCUUUGUGAGACGCAGUGAGGAAAGCAUAGUCAUCGAGCAGAUGUCACAUUUUCAGCUGUCAUACAGCAGUACCCAGGAGCUCAUUGUAACUGUGAGUGACAACAUGUUAGACAAGGUGUGUGGAGCAUGUGGCAAACUCCUCCCAUUCAAAGGAAGGUUGGGCAUCGUGCAGGAAACAAUGCAGGAGUACCUGGACUUAUUUUCUGCAGAUGAUUUCCCCACCUGUGACUUGUGAAAGAAGGAUCGUCUUCUCAACAUCCAGAGAUCAAUGCAACAAUUUUAUCAUCUGCAGAAAAUUUGACAACCAGCACUAAAUACUUCAUUUGAAAUAUGGUAUUAAUAUUUACUGACCACAAGCUGUGUAUAAUAACUGCAUAAUAAACCUCACGUUCAACAGUGAAACAGUGCUGCUUCCUGAUUAAUUUCUGAUUUUCUAAAGAUUGUAAAGCCCCUCAUGUGUGAUUUGUGAUUCUUGGUUAUAUAAAUAAAAUUGACUUGACUUAGUUAUGCACACAUUCAUAUAAUAUUUCUGGUCAUCGUUGUAAUCUUUGGAAUUAGGCUUGGUGAGAGUACUUUCACCCAUCUUAUCAUUUUCCUAGCAACCAUUACAUUUUUGUGAAAGAUAUAUCUUCGGUCUUUUUUAACAUCCUGAGGAACUCAAAACAGUA